AGCUCGCGAGUCAUAUGAUCGACUCCCUCUUACUGUUCGUUGGUGAAAGUAAAAAGUCCAUUUCAAAACUUAACAAGGAAAUUUCACGACUAUGUGACUCUGGAGACUUUCUUGUGGCUGUGAAAAUAUUGGAAGGGUUGGAAGUGAGUAAUGUUCAACCAGAUAGUUCAACAUAUCACUGUAUGAUUCGUUCCCUUACCAAAAGAGGAGAGGAAAAAUUGGCGCGUCAUUGCUUGACGCUUAUGUUAGAAAAAGGGUUGCUUCCUUGCACCGAAAGCGUGAAUUUGUUGAUGAAGCAGUACUUUAUUCAAUCACCGAGAGCUUUGGAGAAGGCUUCUUCGUUGUUUCGAAGGAUGAAAGAGUUGCAAGUUCCUUUGGACGCUUAUACUUAUAACAGUUUGUUGCACGUUUAUGCGUUGAAUGGACAAGUUACUUUAAUGGAACAGUUAUUUGAGGAUAUGAACAGGCAAGAGCGUCUAGUGGAUUGGAACACAUUGAGUAUUAUGUUGAAGGGAUAUUGUAAGGCAGGUGAUGUUCAGAAGCUAGUUGUUUUCCUAUCGGAAGCAGCAAAGAACCCCAAGUUGGAAGGUCAACUCAAUAUUGGAGUCUAUAACUGUUAUGUGGAUAGUCUUUUACAGUUGGGUCAAAUGAAUACAGCUGAAAAGAUUUUAGAACACAUAUUUGCUCAUGAAGCUAUUUAUCAACCAACCAUAUAUACCUAUAAUACACUGUUGAAGUUACAGAGAGAACGCCAAGAUGAUAUACGUGCUAUGCAAAUUCUGGAUGAUAUGAAAGAGAAAGGAGUUGUACCAGAUAUCUAUUCGUUUUGUAUUGUAGCGGACUGUCUAUGUCGUAAAGGAAAGAUGAAGGAAGCGAUGUUGUUGAGACAAAGAAUGGAGCACAUUUCAAGAGAAAGUCGAACAGUUUAUUACAAUAUUCUGUUGAAAGGUUGCAAAAUGUUAAAAGAGAGUGCACUAGAAAUGGGAUGGUCUAUUCUGGAUAAAAUGUCUCAAGAUCAAAUAUUGCCCGAUUCGAUCUCCUUUGUGACAAUGUUAGAGGUUUGCAACGAAGUUAAAGACAUUGACAGCGCUAGGAUGAUGGUCCGAAGUAUGAUGAAUUCUAAGAAAAAGAUUUCGAUAGAAGCUAUUAACACUGGUUUAUCUGUUUUUUGUAAAAUGAAGACAGCCAUAGAAGAAUCCUUUCAGUUACUGAAAUGGGCUAAAGAAAAUGGCAUUGAACCUGAUACUAUAUCGUACAAUAUUCUGCUUGAUCAUGCGUUUCGGUUGAGAGACUGGGAACGAGGUGAGAAAAUUUUCAAAGAGUUACAAACUCAAGGCCUUAAACCUGAUGCAACUACGUACAAUUAUCUUAUUCGUGCGUACUCCAAUUCCAAUCAAUAUGCAAAAGUAGUCGCUACUUUUAAAGAAAUGAACAAGAGAAAUUUUAUUCCAAAUGAGCAAUCCUGUAGUAGUUUGGUUCGCGUAUUUCAUAUCCAAGGUAAUGAUGCAGCAGCUCUACAAGUCUUAAAUCUGAUGGAAAGACAUUAUUCUCCUCGUAAUGAUCCUUCCAUAUUGGCAUUUGUUCGUGCCUAUAUCUCAAUGGGUCGUUUACAAGAUGCCCUGGGAAUGAAAAGAAUGCUGUCACGGAAAACUGGGCGACUUUGGAAAACGAUAGUCACAAUUCUAAUGGAUGCAUUUGCGUCUAUCGGGGAUCUUCGGGUCGUCGAAGAUCUGCUAGACGAAAUGCGUGGUUUUCAGAAUGAUAACAUUUUGGACCCGAUCCAUACCGGUAUUUAUAUCAAGGCCUUGUGCAACGCGUGUGAACAUGAAAAAGCUUUUCAAGUGUUGAAGAAAGAUAGUCGUCACGACAUUAUUUGGUACAAUACUUUGUUGCAUUCAUUAGCUAAACUAGGUGAAAUGGAUAAAUUGUCCCAAGUUCUUUAUUAUAUGCAAGAACAAGGUAUUGCUCACGACGAACAUACCCAUUAUGCUAUAAGACCAGUCAUGCAGAAAUUUGCUACUUUGUUGAGUGAACAUCACCGUACAAAUAGUGCCAAUCCGCCAUGAGAUCUGAAAUCACUACCAAUAAUUGUUCAUCAACAUUUGGAAAGAAAAAAGAUGAUUUGCGCCAUUUUUUGGGCUUUAUUUUGGCACCAAAAAUAAAAAGUCGAGUUUGAAG